AUGACAAAGAAUAUUGCAUCUGGUAGCCAUUGCUCAUUGUGUUGUAAAGAUGUACGACGAUGCAAGACACCACCAUUCAAGUGUGCAUACGGCUGCGAUCUCUGGUUCUGCAGCGAGGAGUGCGCAAACAACAUGGUUCAUCAGCUUGAAUGCUCGUUCGUGGCCAAGGUGGCUCAGGCCACCAUCGACUGUGGCACCGACCUGUCGCUCUCGCUACUGGUCCUACGCAUCAUCUUUAAGAAGAACAUAAUGACCGAGCUGUACAACGACACUGUUGGCCAGCUGUCGGUGCAGAAGCACGAGUUUGAGAAGCGCGCACCACGAUGGCUCGAGCAGUACACACACUUUGCCGACCGUCUGCUGCAGCUGCUCAAGGAGGACGCCCAUAUCGACCCGACCCUUCUGGAGUUCUUUGCUCGCGAUGAGAUUGUCAACAUUGCGUGCUCCACGCUCGUCAACUCGUUCGCCUGCACCAAGAACUCGACCAUCAUCUCGAAUGGAUACUUCCACCAGGCCGCACUGCUCAAUCAUAGUUGUCAGCCCAACACAUUCUAUUCCGUCAACAGUAGGUAUUGGCUGGCUUGGACUGGCUUGAUGACGAUUAUAUUCGAUUUUGGAUUGAUAUAUACUGGCUGGACCAUGGAUCCUGGACCUCGGACCUUGGACUGGACUUGGCCUGGACUGUACCUGAACUGA